AUGGUUUGUGACACAAUUGUGUUCCGCUGCAAGCACACUAAAGUCCAUUAAAAGUACCUCAAUUUAGAGGUAAAGCUGUGGAAAUUGGUCGCAACCAUGAAACGAAUCUAAACAGCCUAAAGAAGCUUGCCAAAGACGAACACCUGACUGUGAAUGUUGUAAACAAAGAAAAACGCUAAACUUGGAGUCAUCAUAAGCAUUCAAAUAAAGGCACAAACAAGCAAGACAUAAAAAAAAGGUUCAGAAGGAAACGAAAGACAAGUGCUGGAGGUGUGGUUACAACAAAACCCACAAGAAAUGUCCAGCAACAGUUUCAACAGUUUCUGCAAAAAGAUGAAUCAUUAUUCCAAGCUCUGUAGAUCAAAAUAAGUGCAUCACCUACAAGAAGAAGAUGAUUCACAAGUUAGUUCAGUAGCCUGAAUUUCAUCCGAUUACUUCGAGUCGUUAUUACUUCCUCAGUAACAUCUGAAUCGACCGGCCGUUAAUGCCGAGUAGUGACGCCACUACUUUUGACCUUUGCUUUAAUUCAUGCAAAAAGUAAAAUACGAUUUUCAAGUGGCAAACUGAAAAAUAUCAUUUGGAAAUGUCUGCAAGAUACAGAAUUACUUUAUUUUUUCGAUCGUUAAUUCAUGUUUAACGUUCAAACUAUCAACUGCUUGCAGUACAACUCUGAACAGGAUGUAGUUCUAUAAUCUAACCUGAGAUCACGCUCAAUUUUCGUUUCGCUUUGUAAUUAAAUAACAUUCCGGCGGGCAAUUUUAGCGCUGGCCAUUAGAGAGAAUGUAUGAGAACCGCUAAAAUUGGACCUUAUCUCUGAUAAUCAAACUUGGUGGCAAUCACGCAAUGAAAUAAACACACAAACGGAACACUAAGUUCAAAAACACAAUGAUUUGCUUUAAUUGAAAAGAAGCUAUUUGGUCCUUAAUGAAGAAAAAAAAACAAGGGAACAAGAAAGAAAAGCUAACAGAAUCAUUACACUUGAAGGUGAAAAUAGCAAGAAGGUCAAAUUAUAACAUUGAUCUCAGAAAACUUCGCAUAAGCUAAAUCACCCACUGCUGAAACCACAAAACGUCACUCUAAAUGAGAAACCUACCGACUUUCCGCGAUGAUUCUUCAUUGGCAGUUCAAUUUAGCAUUUCAGUUUCGAAGACAAGGGUAAUUUUGCUGUUAAAGAUAAAGAUUAAGCUUAUCAAAAUGUUUGAACUACACGAAAGAAUGCCCAGGCAUGCAAUCUGCUGAAUGUCAAGCGACUCUCCCGCUAAAAUUUUUUAUUAUUAUACAUAAUUAUGUGGAUGUUUAGGCAAUCAACCAAUCAAAAUCACUACCCGAUUUUCAGGUAGUGAGUGACGUCACUGGACGGCAUUAACGGCUGGUCAAUUCAGACGUUAGUUAGGGAGUAAUAAUGACUCGAAGUAAGCGGAUGAAAUUCAGGCUAGUUAGUUCAGAUGAUUCAGGACAAAGUGGACAUGAGUCACCCCUGUUUGGUUGAAUCAAACAGUGUAGCUAAGGAUGAACAAUUUUAUGAAACUGUUGAGGUAGAGGACACCAAAGUUCCAUUCAAACUUGAUAGCGGUGUGAAAGCUACUGUUAUUUCCUUGAAAACCUACAGCAGCCUCAAGUGCAGACCCCUACCACCCUGGAGAAAGACAAGAACUGUACUGCUUUCCUUUUCAAAGCACAAACUGAAGCCUCAAGGAGAAGUAGUGUUGAUCAUUCAAUACAAAAAUAAAGUGGAAAACAUCAAAUUCUUUGUUGUGGAUACUGAGGUGGAAUCUGUGCUUAGUGGAAACUCCUGCACUAAGUUUGGUCCUCCAAAAAGGGUUUAUCAGCUGAUAGGUCAGGAUCUACCAUCCAAAUGA